AUGGUGCGGUAUAGACGCGCGCUGGACGCGCAGAUGGCGGAGAUGGCGCGAGGACGGGCGCGGGAGGCGGCGCGGGAGGCGAGCGAGCGGGACGCGCGGCGGCGGCGAGACGGCGGCGAGACGGCGAACCGGGAGACGGCGGAGGAGCUGGCGCGGCGGCGGGACGAGUACGUCGCCGCGCUGGAUAGACAGGUGGCGGAGCGGCGCGAACGCGAGAGGAAAAGGCGCGAGGAGGAGGAGAGACGGGACAGAGAGGAAAACGAGCGCAUUCGGCGACACGUCGAAGAGGAGCGAGCGAUUUUACGCGAGAAACGCGCGAUGAUGGCCGCGCGGGCGGCCGCGCUCGGUGACGAUGAGGGCGAUGACGACGAUAAGACGCGAAGAAGACGAGCGAAUAGGAUCACGCACUCGCCGCCGGCGUCGCCGCGACCGGCUUCGACUUCGGCGUCUCCGCGCGCGCCGCCGUCCUUCGUCGCGCCGCGCGCGGCCAGCGUCGACGCCGACGCUGGAUACGUCCCGAUUCCCGAAUUUCCCGAGUUUCCCGAGUUUUCGCAACCGGCGACGACGACGGCGUCGUCGAACGAGCGAACACCGCUGACCGACGCCGCGGUGGCGGAUUUGACCAACGUCAUUCGCGAGCUCGUCGUCGAGCAGCGCGAACUGAAAUCUCGCCUCGCGCGCGCCGAAGCCGCGCUGCGCGCGCGAAUCGAGUGA